AUGGCACUUCUUAAAGCAACAAAUGAAUCAACUUACACUGAAAGAGUUGCCAACAGCGAAGAAGAAGAGGAAGAAGAAGAAGAAGAAGAAGAAGAUGAGGAAGUUCCAAAGUUUAAAAAAUCUUCAGGAUUUCGUAUGGUGGCUCAAAAAGCCCCAGAAGUUCAACAAAGUUCACAGCCGAUUUUAAAUCAAUCCGGAACUCAACAAGAAGUAGUUGUUUCGGAAGUUACCAAAAGAACUAUGACGAAAGAAGAGCAGGUUGUUCAAGAAAAUAAAGUUAUCAAUAAAGAUGGUGAAGUCACAAGUCACCAUGUUACUGUAACGCAACACUCAACCACACAAAGUUCGGAAACUGAAAAGCCCAAUGAAGCCGAAGAGAAAAGGCAGGCUGAACUACGGCAAGCGCAACAGGAAGCGCUAGAACGAGCAAAACAAGCGCAAUUAGAAGCGCAGCGUCAAGCUCAAGCUCGGGCACAGCAAGAAGCUAUUCAGCGA